GAUACGCUGCCUUUAGUUGAAAAUGGAAGCGUUAACCUAACCAAGUCUUCAGAACGGACUGAAGCUACUGUUUAUUGCAAACAAGGCUAUGGAGAAGAUGAAAAUCAAAAACUUGCAUGUACGGAUGACAAGUGGACUCCAGUGAAACCUUGUCGACAUACUGGUUGUGGACCGUUCCCUGCCAUUGCCAACAGAUUGUUAAGCGGAAAGGAAAAGAAAUUCGGUUCGACGGCCAAGUUGCAAUGCAAUUCAGGCUUCAUGGUAAAUUCAACGACGUACUUCACAUGUUUGUCUAAUGGAACAUUGGACAGUGAUACAGAAUCAACAUGUUUUCCACAUCCAUGCGGGUAGUAUCAUUUGUCUAAACAUGUUGUUGUCAAGGAAGACUUUAGCCAUGUCAAUAUGUCAAUAGAUGUACAAUGUGACGACGGAUUUGACUUUGAAAACGAAAGUGAGACCCUCAUAUACUGUGAAAACAAGACUUGGGUAGGACAUCCAAGAUGUGAAAGUCCAGGUAUAUUAGGAUUAGAGACAAAGAACUCAUCAGUGCUCAUUUCGGGCAAAUCGUUCUCCAUUACUUGCUCUCCGACAAAAUCGCCUAUGUGGGAGACUGUUAUGUUAGCACGAACGGACUUGGCAAAUAACUCAAUCCCGAAUCCGCUACUGAUUGUGACAAAUUUUCAUGGGAAUAGUACAACGGACAAACUGAAUGUUACACGUUUCCGAAAGAAUGUAACGCCCUCGGCUGAUGGUGUUAGUGUAAUAUUAACUAUCGUGAUGACACUGGUAUAUACAUCUGUAGCGUUCUUGUCGGAAGCGUUACGUCACCCAAAGGAAUAAAGAGUUCGAAAAAGCAUUUUAAAGCGAAUGAUAAGAGCUCAAAAAUAAGCGAAAUAAUAGCCCCGACAUCUGUUGUCCAGGGUGACAAAAUGGAAGUCCAAUGCAUUGGUAGUAUUGGGCGAGAUGAAAAUGGGACAAGGUUAGGGAAUAUGCUUAUAAAAAUAUACAAGGACGAGAAUACGGUGGAAAUUGUGCCAUUUGGCAUUGAAUCGUCACAGACAGAAGACUGGCAAACCCAUGAAACUAUUAACUCAACAAUUUUGAUUACAAAUGACAUGAACGGAGCUGAGUUGCAAUGUUUGAUGGAUGAAUAUAAUGGAAAUAAGCAGAAGAAAAGCGUUCUUUUGAAUGUAACGACGACAACUGUGAGAAUAUCGACACCAUCGCCUACAGUUAACAUAGGCAGUGCGGUCAACAUGACUUGCGAACUCAACCAUAUUCGCGGCUGGAAUACCAUAGAAAUCCAUAAAAAUUGUAGUAACACUGAGUUCAUUAUUGCCUCUUUACAAAAUAACCAGAGUGUAUCUAAUUUCACAAUGGAAAAACAUAUCAGUCUGUUGGAAAAUGAUUUGACUGAGUCUUCGGCAGAACUAGUCUUACAUUUAGAGAACGUCACGUGCAGGGAUGCUUGUGGUCAAGGUGGUGAAAUAGAAUAUAUGUGUGCAGUGAAAAUUGGAGACAGUUGGGUGACAGGAUCUGUGAAACUAGAAUUUCAAAAUGUUUGCCUCUCUGAAGAUAAUAGAGAGUAUAAUCUUCAUCCGUUCAGCUGUCAGCGAUACGUCAGGUGUGUUGGAGAACAUUUAUACGACUUUAAAUGCGCUGGAGGAGCUUGUGCUUCGCUUGAGACUCAAUGGAUAUGUGGUGACUAUGACUGCAGAGGCUGUCCCUAGUAUUGUUACAGACAUUUAUAAAACUAACUUUAUGUCGCGAAGUGAAAAUAAGUUCGUCGAAAAUGGAAUCGAUAUAGCCUUAUACGAGAUAUUGCACCGAAUGCUUCUCCUGUAGAAUUUUAGGGUAUUCAACACCUUCUAAUUAUAUCAUUGCCGUCAGUCCUUUUUCAUUUUCAUCUGCAAACACUUAUCUUUGCUUUGUAACACUUAAUAAUUUGUCAUAUAAAUAAGCCCUUAAAUGAGAUAUUGCACAUUAUACGACAACUGUAGAAGUCUACAGUAUUUAAGACAUUCUACUUAUCAGCAUUAAAAAUAAUAUUAACUGCAAGCUUUGCACUAUUAAACGGUCGUUCCCUUAAAUUGUAAUAUUUGUAAUCGAUUAGUAUGAACGUGUUAAAGUUUUGUCCCGCUUGCUUUUUUCCAUAUGUAUCAGUAAACUAUCCUGUAUGAUAAUUACUUAAUUAGUGGUGCCCUCCGUGGCCGAGCGGUUAAGGUCGCUCACUUCAAAUUACAUAUUCCUCACUGAUAUGGGUUUGAGCUUCACUCGUGGUUUUGAAUUCCUUAUAUGUGGAAAUACAAACCAUCCAGCUGGUUUAUUGAGGUUCAGUAGUUCUACCCAAGAGUUUGCACACAGAGGUGUGCCUUGCGUCUUCCUCCACCAUCAAAGCUAGAAAGGCACCAUAUGACCUAUCACUGUGUCGGUGCGACGUUAAAACCAACAAUAACAAAACAUUACUACAUCAGUGAACGUCUUAUUGCUUAUUUUACAUGACGAUUAACAAUGACAAAUUUUGUGUUUUUGUUAUAUUAAUUUCCUUCAUUUUUACAGAAGUACUAUUGGUGAAUGCAUUUUCUAUAUCAAACUAACCAUGUUCUGUAUGGCAUCUUCUUUUUUUUGUAAUAUACAUUUCAUAUGCACAUAGUAGUGUUCCUGCUGUUAUAUACCCUUAUUUUUUUAAAGUUUUAGCAUGUAGUUGUUUAGUAAAUGCUCAUUUUUAGACUUUGUAGAGAUAUAUAUGUUCUGUGUUACUGUAGCGGUUAAAUUAGAAUACAAACAGCUAUGUUA